AUGAUGUGGGCCUCAGGCAUUGUUUCUAGUCUGCUUGUUUGCACCUUGCUGUGUUGUCUCUGGGACACAGCCUCGGGCUGGAAGCUUUAUCUGGGCACAUGCACAGUCAGCGUGCACACUCAUGAGCUGAGGCAUCACUUCCAUGAGAUACGUCAGAGCGUGUUAGCACGUGAUCGUCAGUUGGGGGUGAAAUUGCUUAGGCGGGACAUGAUGAAGAAUGUACAGGAUACAGAGAGAUGUUGUUUCCUUAGGCAUCUCUUACGCUUCUAUGUGGAGAGAGUGUUUAGCUGUUAUGCUGCUACACAGUCCCAGCACAGAAGGACCAUCAAUGUCUUGGCCAAUGCAUUCCUCAGCAUCAAGAGGGACCUGCGAGUGUGUCAUGAGCAAAAUCACUGCCCAUGCGGAGAGGAAACCAGAAUGGAAUUCAGUGCCAUCCAGGCCAAAUUUGAGAAGCUGGAGCAGAAAGCGGCAGCAGUGAAGGCUGUGGCAGAGCUGGACUCUUUGCUGGAGUGGCUGGAUGCUAUCCACCACAGAAAAGAACAGAUCCUUGAAGAGGAUGAUAAGUCACACCCAGAGAAUCCCUAG